CACAGACAAUAUGACACUUGUCAACGACGCUAUGCUCAGUAUACUGAAUUCGUGUUUUGUGAUAAAUUCAACAAACGUUAUUCUAUCUGGUGACAUAGACGACACGACAAUAACAAAUUUCCAUCAUUUCGAUUCAAUGCUCAGCCUUAUUAUCAAAAAUUCAGUCAAUAAUUCCGAACGGUUUUUCCUAUUUGAACGCCAGCCAGUAUUCAUAAUCGUAGCACCCACGUUCGAUCAACUUCGUGACUCAAUCGCAAGUCUGAGAACGUGUUCACUUUGGGACAUCAAUCAGCCAUUUUUUAUCCUACACAAAUACAAUUGCAAAACUGCUUUUGAAUUUUUGCGACAAGCAUGGCGAUACAAUUUACUGAUGUCCUUUUUCAUUUGCUACAGCAAAAACGGUCAUGUCAAAAUUUUGGCAUUCAACCCAUACUCAAAUCUUGCACCUGACAAUUGGCAACCGGUUGAUUAUGUUGUCCCAUAUAUGAAACAUCCUUGGACUCUGUAUCAGCAGAAAGUGAAUCAAAUUGAUGAUAAUUUUUGCGGUAAACUAUUAUGGAACAAAGCAACAAAACUUGACGGUUACGAAGUGCGAGCUAUUGGUACCCGUAGUAAGAAUUCGUUGCUGAUAAAUUCGGAUAACAAGAGUGUAAAGAACUGGCAUGGUGCUGAUGGAGAAUUUUUGAAAAUCUUGUUCAUGGCAAUGAAUGUAACUGUUACUGUGACAUAUUAUCCGAAUGGAAGUCUCGGGUACAUUGACAAACAUGGAAAUCCAUGGGGUACAUUUGUACCAUUGGCAAUGGGUGAGCAAGACGUUCUGGUGAAUUCAGUAUUUCUACAGCGGCUUAAAAAUUCGACAAUAGUGCGAUUGAAUCGCAUAUCGGGUAUUAAAUUUGUGACUAAACAAAAACCUAAUAUGUCAUCAUUGGAAAAACUUGUACGUUUUUUUGGGCUAGAUUUGUUUUUUGCAACACUUAUUAUAACAAUAAUGACCUUUUUCGUGUUACGUUUCGCUGAAAAACAAUCAUCUGCUGAAACAUUAUUGGAAAUUGUUCGUUUGCUGGCAAAUGGCGCACUUCUAAAGCCACCACGUUGGUUAUCAGUAAGAAUUUACUUAGGACCAGUUUUGUUUUAUUAUCUGCUUUUUCAAACGGAGAUGCAAGGACUGUUAGAUUCUGUUCUCACAAAAUCGAUACCUCAUGAAAAUUUGAAUACUGUCAAAGAUUUGAAAUUAAGUAAAGAUUAUAAAUUGUUUGCACCAAAGGCAUUAAUAUUUUUUUUGGAAGAAGAAAUCCAACGACGUUGUAUUCCUACUAAGACACUUUAUUGUGUAGAUGAAGUUAUAAAUAACUUAACAAAUGUGUGCAUAAGUUCUGAAAGUGGUCUUAUUGUAUCAACAUUUUCGCAUAAUUUACACAUGUCUCGAGAACAACUAUAUUCUAGCUUUAAAAUUUAUCUUAUACGAAAAGAUUGGCCGCUGCAAAGACGUUUUCAGUGGUAUGUUUUGGCAAUUGAAGAGUUUGGUUUUUACGAAUUUUGGAAGCAACGUUCGAUGAAUUAUUCGAUUGAAAAAAUUAAAAACCGCAAAAUUCAAGAUAAUUUACCGGCGUUUGAAAUUAUUACUUCAGAUGAUUUGGCGUUUGCUUUUGAAGGCCUUGUUUUAGGAUUGACUUGCGCGUUAUUCAGUUUUUUUAUUGAAAUUAAAAUUAAAAAAGUUAUAAUACUGAAAUUUCGCUAAGAAAUUUUCUGGAAAUGGAUACUAAAUUUUUCCCAUGCACAUUGUAAAAUAUACUACUCGAUAGCAUGUAAAUGAAAUGCAAUUUCUAUUAACAAUAUAGUAAAAAUUUAGUUACUGGCUAGAUGUUCUUAUAGUACCAAAUUUUAUGGGUAACUUUUACUCAAAAUUUCUCUGCGUGUAUGAAAUUUCCAUUUUCCGUUAAAAAGUGAACU